GACCUUCAUGGUACAGUUUUUUCCAACUCUGCCACGACAAGCUUUGGAGCGUACCAUACACCGAUUCGGGAUUGUUCCAGAGGAAAGUUCGGACGACACAGCCCCCAUUUCUUGUGGAAUUAAAAACAAUAUUCUGACAAUUGGUCAAUCCUCGGUUCCUCUAUACCAAAACAAACAUCUAACCAAAGUCCCUAACAUCCUCUUCUACAACAUUCCUCAGCACCUACACCUGAUGGAAGCGAUGCUUCAGGAUUUCCACCUCGGCCACCAUAUUUUGCUCGUCGGGAACCAAGGUGUUGGAAAAAACAAAAUCAUUGAUCGUUUCCUAGAACUGAUGAACAGACCUAGGGAAUACAUCCAGCUGCAUAGAGACACGACUGUGCAGACGUUAACCACACAACCUAUCGUUCGUGAUGGACUUCUAGUCCACGAGGACUCACCUCUGGUGAACGCCAUCAAACACGGUCACGUUUUAGUGGUAGAUGAAGCAGACAAAGCCCCAACUCAUGUAACUUGCAUCCUGAAGACUCUAGUAGAGUCGGGUCAGAUGAUCCUCAGUGACGGUAGACGAAUCGUGCCUCUAAUACCCCCAAAUGGUCACCCGUCCAACUACAUCCAGAUCCAUCCCGAUUUUAGGAUCGUGGUACUAGCAAACAGACCCGGAUUCCCGUUUUUGGGGAACGAUUUCUUUGGUGCUUUGGGCGACUUGUUUAGUGCCCAUGCGGUAGAAAAUCCCUCUGCGGAUUCAGAAAUCAGUCUUUUGAGACAAUACGGACCUGAUGUACCCCUUGAUACUAUAAAAAAGUUAGUGGGGGUGUUUGGGGAGUUGCGCAAUAUGGCGGAUCAAGGGUUGGUUAGCUACCCCUACUCGACUCGUGAGGUUGUUAAUAUAGUCAAACACUUGGAACAAUUCCCGGAGGCUGAUUUAGAAGAUGUUGUCUUCAACGUGUUUGAUUUUGACCGGUACAGUCCUGAGGUGGUUGAAACUUUGGGGGAAGUUCUCCAAAAGCACGGUUUUUCGAGUAAGAACGUCAUGGCGGCUGAGUAUAUGGCGGCUAAACGGGCUAGGGAGAAGAUUCAAGUCACUAAGAGUAGGUAUAGUGGGAAAGAUGCCCAAGAACCGAAGCAUGGUAAAGAGGAUCCAGAUAAUGCCCCCCACGUUGGUGGUAACACAUGGGCUGGGGGUACCGGCGGUCGCGACACAGCUGGUAUGGGUGGUAAAGGUGGUCCUUAUAGGUUAGACAAAGGUCACGAGGUCCACCAACUAUCAGAGGAAGAAAUUAACUCCGUCCCUGAACAUAUACAGCGUGCGGCUCGCGAAAUGAACCGAAAAGCCUUCCAAGAAAAAUUAAAAGAAAUCGGGAUGAGUGCCUACGAUGCUACUCUAUAUAACCAGUUCUAUAACGCUGUGUCCAGACAAAUUCAGUCAUUAAGGAUCAUUCUAGGGAAUUUACAAGCUAAGAAUAAAGAGAGACACUGGUCACGUCAUCAAACCGCUGGAGAACUAGAUGACGUCAAACUAAUCGACGGUCUACUAGGAGAGAAAACUAUUUUUCGAAGACGAGCCGAACAAGAACCCGAAAUCGGCGCCCCACAACUCAAACCCAAACUAUUCAGAGUGGUUGUAGAUGUCUCUGGAAGCAUGUACAGAUUCAACGGAUAUGACGGUCGCUUGGAUAAAGAACUAGAAGCCGCCGUUUUAGUAAUGGAAUCCUUCCAAGGCUUCGAAGACAAAAUCCAGUACGAUAUUAUUGGUCACUCGGGCGAAGCGCCUUUUAUUUCAUUCGUCAAACUCAAAGAGCACCCCAAAAACAAUAAGGAACGACUGGACGUGAUCAGAACGAUGCACGCGCAUGCGCAGUAUUGUUGGUCCGGCGACCACACGCUAGAGGGCACUGAAGAAGCUAUCAAUUCUCUAGCGGAAGAAGAUUGUGACGAGGCCAUCGUGAUCGUGUUGUCGGAUGCCAAUUUGGAACGAUAUAGGAUACCUCCGUCGAAGUUGGCGGCUGCGCUGACGUCAAAGUCCAAUGUUAGUGCCUAUGUUAUUUUUAUAGGUGGUUUGGGGGAUCAGGCGGAGAGAUUGACUGAGAGGUUGCCGGCUGGACGGGCUUUUAUAUGUAGUGACGUCACUCAGUUGCCGCAGAUUCUCAAGCAGAUUUUUUCGUCGUCGGUUAUUACCAUAUUGUCGAGUUUUCGUGGAGUUUUGGUGACACGAACGACCUUCAUGGUACAGUUUUUUCCAACUCUGCCACGACAAGCUUUGGAGCGUACCAUACACCGAUUCGGGAUUGUUCCAGAGAAAAGUUCGGACGACACAGCCCCCAUUUCUUGUGGAAUUAAAAACAAUAUUCUGACAAUUGGUCAAUCCUCGGUUCCUCUAUACCAAAACAAACAUCUAACCAAAGUCCCUAACAUCCUCUUCUACAACAUUCCUCAGCACCUACACCUGAUGGAAGCAAUGCUUCAGGAUUUUCACCUCGGGCACCAUAUUUUGCUCGUGGGGAACCAAGGUGUUGGAAAAAACAAAAUCAUUGAUCGUUUCCUGGAACUGAUGAACAGACCUAGGGAAUACAUCCAGCUGCAUAGAGACACGACUGUGCAGACGUUAACCACACAACCUACCGUUCGUGAUGGUCUUCUAGUCCACGAGGACUCGCCUCUGGUGAACGCCAUCAAACACGGUCACGUCUUGGUGGUAGAUGAAGCAGACAAAGCCCCAACUCAUGUAACUUGCAUCCUGAAGACUCUAGUAGAGUCGGGUCAGAUGAUCCUCAGUGACGGUAGACGAAUCGUGCCUUUAGUACCUCCAAAUGGUCACCCGUCCAACUACAUCCAGAUCCAUCCCGAUUUUAGGAUCGUGGUACUAGCAAACAGACCCGGAUUCCCGUUUUUGGGGAACGAUUUCUUUGGUGCUUUGGGCGACUUAUUUAGUGCCCAUGCGGUAGAAAAUCCGUCUGCGGAUUCAGAAAUCAGUCUUUUGGGACAAUACGGACCUAAUGUACCCCUUGAUACUAUAAAAAAGUUAGUGGGGGUGUUUGGCGAGUUGCGCAAUAUGGCGGAUCAAGGGUUGGUUAGCUACCCCUACUCGACUCGCGAGGUUGUUAAUAUAGUCAAACAUUUGGAACAAUUCCCGGGGGCUGAUUUAGAAGAUGUGGUCUUCAACGUGUUUGAUUUUGACCGGUACAGUCCUGAGGUGGUUGAAACUUUGGGGGAAGUUCUCCAAAAGCACGGUUUUUCGAGUAAGAACGUCAUGGCGGCUGAGUAUAUGGCGGCUAAACGGGCUAGGGAGAAGAUUCAGGUGACUAAGAGUAGGUAUAGUGGGAAAGAUGCCCAAGAACUGAAGCAUGGUAAAGAGGAUCCAGAUAAUUCCCCCCACGUUGGUGGUAACACAUGGGCUGGGGGUACCGGCGGUCGCGACACAGCUGGUAUGGGUGGUAAAGGUGGUCCUUAUAGGUUAGACAAAGGGCACGAAGUCCACCAACUAUCAGAGGAAGAAAUUAACGCCGUCCCUGAACAUAUACAGCGUGCGGCUCGCGAAAUGAACCGAAAAGCCUUCCAAGAAAAAUUAAAAGAAAUCGGGAUGAGUGCCUACGACGCUACUCUAUACAACCAGUUUUAUAACGCUGUGUCCAGACAAAUUCAGUCAUUAAGGAUCAUUCUAGGGAAUUUACAAGCUAAGAAUAAAGAGAGACACUGGUCACGUCACCAAACCGCUGGAGAACUAGAUGACGCCAAACUAAUCGACGGUCUACUAGGAGAGAAAACUAUUUUUCGAAGACGAGCCGAACAAGAACCCGAAAUCGGCGCCCCACAACUCAAACCCAAACUAUUCCGAGUGGUUGUAGAUGUCUCUGGAAGCAUGUACAGAUUCAACGGAUAUGACGGUCGCUUGGAUAAAGAACUAGAAGCCGCCGUUUUAGUAAUGGAAUCCUUCCAAGGCUUCGAAGACAAAAUCCAGUACGAUAUUAUUGGUCACUCGGGCGAAGCGCCGUUUAUUCCAUUCGUCAAACUCAAGGAGCACCCCAAAAACAAUAAGGAACGCCUGGACGUGAUCAGAACGAUGCACGCGCAUGCGCAGUAUUGUUGGUCCGGCGACCACACGCUAGAGGGCACUGAAGAUGCUAUCAAUUCGCUAGCGGAAGAAGAUUGUGAUGAGGCCAUCGUGAUCGUGUUGUCGGAUGCCAAUUUGGAACGAUAUAGGAUACCUCCGUCGAAAUUGGCGGCUGCGCUGACGUCAAAGUCCAAUGUUAGUGCCUAUGUUAUUUUUAUAGGUGGUUUGGGGGAUCAAGCGGAGAGGUUGACUGAGAGGUUGCCGGCUGGACGGGCUUUUAUAUGUAGUGACGUCACCCAGUUGCCUCAGAUUCUUAAGCAGAUUUUUUCGUCGUCGGUUAUUACCAUAUGAGGGUAAUUUCUAGGGAAUAAACAAUGUAUAUUAAAUAAAAUUUUGUACAA